AUGAAGCUCGUCAGGUUUUUGAUGAAAUUGAACAAUGAGACAGUUUCAAUCGAGCUUAAGAACGGAACCAUUGUUCACGGAACUAUCACAGGUGUAGAUGUUAGUAUGAACACUCAUCUCAAGUCUGUGAAACUCACUCUGAAAGGGAAAAAUCCGGUUAGAUUAGACCACUUGAGUGUUAGAGGAAACAACAUUCGGUAUUACAUUCUUCCGGAUAGCUUAAAUCUCGAGACUUUGUUGGUUGAGGACACACCAAGAAUCAAACCUAAAAAGCCAACUGCUGGUAAAUCAAUGACUUCAUUCAUUCUUUAUAACUAUGAUAACAAGUGUAUUAAGUAUGUGUAUUCUCUGGAUUUUGUGAUUGAUUCUUACAUUCAUCUUUUUUCUUAUGCAUGA